AUGGCGCUCGUCGAAUACUCCGACAGCGAAAGCGACACCGAAGUAUCCGCUGCCGCGCCAAAGGCCGUGCCCGCGUCAAAACCAGCCUUUCAGAAGCUUGCGACAGCACCCGGCAAGAUCAAAGUCGACCUUCCGAGCAUCAGACCCGAACCAGGUCAGAAGGGAGAUGGAGCGUCCGACGAGCCACCCACGAAAAGGGCACGAACAGGAGGAGGCUUCAGUGGAAUCAAUAGCUUCUUGCCGGCGCCCAAGCGGACCGCGCAGAACGCGCCGAAAAAGGGUGUCAGCUUGAAGACGAGUAGUGAGGCGGCGUUCAGUCGCGAGCGACCGCCGAUGCCUACGUAUGGAGACUCAGAUACAAGUCCUAUCGGCGAAAACGUGGACGUUCCUGUGCAGGGAAAGAAGGACGAGGUUGCAGCAGAGCCAAAGCUAAUUGGCAAAGCUACGCGCUUUCUGCCUUUGAGUGUAUCGAGCAAGAAGAAGAAGAAAUCCGUACCGAAGCCCGCGCCGAAACAGGAGGGCACGUUAGAGAAGCAAACAUCAGAUUCGAUCACAUCACCAGACUCGCUCAAACAGCCAGAACUCGCGGCUCCUGCGCCAAAACCAAAGCGUUCUCUAUUCUCAAUGCAACCAGAGGAUGAACCAGCUGUGCCCGCGACGUUCACUUCCACCACAUACGAACCACUGAUCACCCAAGAACAAGAAGACCUCGAAACUUCAAACCUCGCCGAACAACCCACCCAACCUCCACUACAACAACUUCCCACACCCUCCCUCGAAGCUGUAGCCUCAGACCUGAAUCUCACUCCCGCCCAACGCCGUCAACUCUUCGGCCGUGGCGGCAAAGAUGUCAACAUCACACACUUCAACAUGGACUCCGAAUAUGCGUCCAACGAACAGAUGCGUCAAGCCGGCGAGGUAGUGGAACAUCGCGCUAUCAAAACGAUUGCGCCAGGGAAACAUAGUCUGCAGCAGUUGGUGAACAAUGCGCGGACGCAGAAGGAUGCUAUGGAGGAUAAGUGGGCGGAGGGAAAAAAGAAUCGUGGAGAGGGAGCAAGUAAAUAUGGGUGGGGUUGA